AUGGAAGAAACGAAAUGGGUUGUCCAAAUCAAUGAGGAGCUCAAGAACAAUGGUACUUCAGAGAAUGAUCAAUGGAAGAGGCACUCUAUUUACAAGGUACCUUCUCGUGUGACUGUGUUGAACGAAAAGGCCUACAAACCCCAAGCGGUGUCAUUUGGUCCUUACCAUAAUGGGGAAGAGCAUUUGAAGGCCAUGGAAGAUCACAAGCACCGAGCUCUCCUCCAUUUCCUCAGGAGGUGCAAAAAGCCCAUUGAGUUGAUCUUCCAACGCAUGGAUCAAGUGGUUGAAGAGUUGAGAGACUCUUACAAUCCACUUGAUCCCAUAUGGAUGCAAGACACACCUAGAUUUCUACAAAUGGUGAUUCUUGAUGGCUGUUUCAUGUUGGAGAUUUUAAGGGUCAAUGAUAGUGUUCCAGGUGAUUAUGUUGACAAUGAUCCUGUCUUUGGUGAACAUGGGAAAUUGUAUUUUGUGCCAUAUAUCAAGCGUGACAUGCUUAUGCUUGAGAAUCAGCUCCCCUUAAUGGUUCUUCACAUAUUGAUUCAGGUUGAGACUGACAUCACCCAGGGAGUUGAAGAGUUAUUGAUGAAGAAAAUCCUCAAGUUCUUCUUCACCACAAGCACCCCUCAAAUAGCAAAGUUUGGCAAAUGCAUGCACGUAUUGGACGUGUACAGAAAAAGCCUCAUUCAACAAGGACCCACUCUAAGAACACGUGUGGCCAAACAAGCACACAGAAGCUGGUUCAAUGAAGAGCAUGGUAACGAUAUAAUUCGCUCCGCAACAGAGCUCCAAGAAGCUGGAAUACGGUUCAAGAAAAGCAAAUCAAACAGCCUCGGAGACAUUUCCUUCGUUGGUGGGGUUCUUAGGCUUCCAACAAUAGUAAUUGACGACACAACAGAAUACAUGUUCCUUAACCUCAUUGCCUUCGAGCGUCUUCAUGUUGGAGCAGGCAACGAAGUAACCUCGUACAUAUUUUUUAUGGACACAAUGAUUGAUUGUGAAAUGGACGUUGCACUUCUUCAUCGAGAUGGGGUACUAAUAAAUGGUCUUGGGAGUGAUAAAGCUGUUGCCAAAUUGUUCAAUUCAUUGUCCAAAGAUAUCACCGUGGAUGGUGAAGGAGUGUUGGAUGUGGUGAGUAUGAGUAUGAGUAACUAUUGCAAGAAACCGUGGAACAAGUGGCGUGCUAAUCUCAUUCACACGUACUUUAGGAACCCUUGGGCUAUUGUGUCUCUUGUUGCAGCUAUUUUUCUCUUUGCUCUUACUAUUGUUCAGACUUUUUAUGCUGUUGCCCAAUAUUAUCAAUCUCCAAGUCCUCCUUUUUCACCUUUUUUUAUACCUUCACCAAGGCCUUGGCAUCGUCCCUAA